GGUCUCACAUCAGUAACACUGUUAUGAGUUUGAGGACUGAAAUCAUUGGAGAAAAUGUUUGGCACGGUUUGGUUCAGUUUGUGGUGUCUAUUUGGGGUGUUUGGUGUAACCGAUGAGCUGAGUUUGGUGUCAGCGAUGGAGGGGGACUCGGUUACUUUACACACUGACAGAGAAAUGAGGAACAACGAUGUGAUCCUGUGGAGAUUUGGACCUGAAAACGCUUUAAUAGUACAAAUCAACGUCACCGAGAGCAGUUUGACUGUGAAUGAAGAUUACGAUGGAAGAUUCAGAGGCAGCGUGAAGGUGGAUCAUCAAACCGGAUGUCUGACCAUCACAAACACCAGGACUGAACACGCUGGACGUUACCAACUACAGAACGGCCAUAGGAGGACGUUGUUCAUUCUCGUAGUUUAUGGUGAUUUGGCUGAGAAAGGCGAGAUGAAGCCAGUGUCCGUAAUGGAGGGGGAAUCAGUGUCUCUACACACGGACACUGAAAUGAGGAAUUAUGAUCUGAUUGUGUGGAGGUUUGGAAAGAAUCCAAUAGCUCAAAUCAACGCAACGACUCAAGAUGUGACUGUAUAUAAUGCUCUCGGAGGGAUUUUCACUGACAGGCUGGACGUGGAUCAACAGAGUGGAUCUCUGACCAUCACCAGCACCAGAACUGAGCACUCUGGAGUUUAUCAGUUACAGAUCAACAACAUCAAGAAGCUCUUCGUCCUCAGUGUCUAUGCUUGUCUGCCAGUUCCUGUCAUCUUCAGUCAGUGUCUUCCAUCUUCAUCACAGUAUGGUUCAGUGCUGUGUUCAGCGGUGAACGUGAGCUCUGUGACUCUCUCCUGGUUUAAAGGAAGCAGUCUAUUAUCCAGCAUCAGUGUGUCUGACUUCAGCAUCAGUCUCUCUCUGCCUCUGGCGGUGGAUUAUCAGGAUGAAAACACCUACAGCUGUGUGCUCAACAACUCCUUCGCUGUCCAGACUCAACAUCUGGACACUAGUCAGCUCUGUUCAGUGAGAGGUUGUCGGACUGUAGAAGCUGUGAUUCGAUUGGUCGCCGCUGCGCUGGUGGGCGUGGCCGCUGCAGCUGCUGUUGUCGUUCUGCUUUAUGACAUCAGAUCCAGACGAGCUGAGCUAGACCGAACACGUGUUUCCACAGCAGUGACAGGGAGUUAGGUGGAUUGUACCGACUCUGAACUUUGACGCUCAGCAAUAUGAACAAUAUUUUUUCCAAUAAAUUAAGUUUGUAAAUUUUGUCGUGACUAAAAAUGCAUAUAUCUAUAACUGUAAUGCUUAUUUAAGACAAUAUAUGAAAAUAAAA